AUUAAUUGAUCAAUUUUUCCACCUAUUGAACAUUAAUUUUUAACAUUUUUGCCCCUCAAUAUUAGCUAAAUAUAAAACCUCCUUGAUCAAGAAAGGAUAAAUCCUUUUUGAUUUGGUGACUUUAUUAUGUUCAUAGAAAAAAACAUUAAUUUGCUUUUGUGUUUAUAUGCCCGUGGAUGUGUUAUCGUCUUAGGCGAAUAAUUUGGAAUAAUGACCGGACAUUCGGUACGGUUCGACAAGAAUACAGCCGGUGAUGGCCCUACACAUGGAUCAACAGGUCGUUUAAGCAACAGACGAAUACGAAGACCGCCAUAUCCAUCGCAACAAAGUCUACAGCGAUUAAAUCGUUAUGGCUCUCGUACAACUAGUAUGUAUCGUUUGAAUCAUUUAAGUCCACAACAGAAACAAUCCAUCGGGAAAAGUUAUACAUCUUUGGUCCACAAGAAACAUCAGCAACAACAAUAUGAGAAACUUACUAAAAAACAACCGGACGACGUUCCGAUUGAUAUGGAGAAAAAAGAAAGUCCGGAACCACCGAAACGUGGUUUGUAUACCAACAAACACAUUGCUAGCGCACAUCGGCUAUUGUCGGACAUUCCGGAUGAUGAACCAAGUUUUAAGGCUAAAUUACGUUCAGUAAUGAAUACUUAUAAUUUUCAAAUUUUAAUGGUUGUAUUGAUUAUUUUGGAUUGUGUCAUGGUAUUGGGUGAAAUGAUCAUCGAAUUAAGAUUGUUUCAGAAUGAAGAUUGUCCACACGGACAUCAAGAAGCAGCAAAACAAGUGGCGAAUGCAAUUGUUUCAUCAACGAUUGGGCCAUUACUUCAAUCAACAACUGUACAACCUAUAGUCGAACAUGGUGGACAUGAAUCAAACGUUUCUGGACAUGGACAUGAGCCUGGUCAUGGUAUUAGUGCUCAUGAUCGCCAUCUUUCCGAUUGUGAACAUUCUGCCCACCUGUUGCACAAUGUUGAAAAUGUUUUCCAUUUGACUUCGAUUUUCAUAUUGUUCUUGUUUAAUGUAGAACUUUUGGUUCGUCUUUACUCCGAAGGAUAUAAAUAUUUUUUGCAUUUGGAAAUCGCAUUGGAUGCAUUGAUCGUUAUGGUUUCGUUUGGUUUGGAUAUCGUAUUUUUAGAUCAUAAAAUGAAAAAAUAUCUUUAUCUGUUGAUUAUUCUUCGAGUAUGGCGUGUAUUACGUGUGGUACAUGCUAUUAUAACAGCCAUUCGUGCACCACAUGAAAGACAGAUUGAAAAAUUGAAGAAAAAGAAGAAAAUGCUACAAAGAGAUCUGGCCAAAGCAUAUUUCUAUUCGAAUGUGCUUGAAGAAGAGAUCCAAAAUCUUCGAGAAUAUAUUGAUAGUUUUGAAAUUAUUGAAGAAUAUGAUGAUGAUGAUCUGGAUGGUAGUCGUGGAUAUAUAGAAAAAAUACCAGUUUAUCUACGAUCAGUUCAAUCAGAACAAGGAAUACGAUUCCAAUCGGCUAUUGAAAAUGCAAGAAAUGAUGUCAACAAUAAUAAAACAAAGGAUAAAAAACAUGAUGACAACGACAACGACGACGACGACGACGACAGUGAUGAUUAU